AAAAAAGCACAUAAGUCCGUGGGGAUUCUGUUGUUCAUUUCCUUCCUCCAUUAUGAGAUAAAAAUUCUUCGUCAUCAUCAUCGACAAUAGCGGUAAAAGAGAAAAAAGAAAGGGGUAUUAAAAGUUAAAAGAGAUGUAUUUUUUUCUUCCUGCAGAGGCAAAGCGAUAUCAUCAUCGCAAUAAUCAUAAUCUCAUCCGCAUCUAAGCAAACAGAGGCAGUACUAUGCGCAUCCAAACCCUCAGAUUCAGCAAAAACUUUUCUCAUUUUCGAGGAACUGCAAAUUUUUAAGCACGAAAUAAUUAGUUAUUGCUGCUGGCGGCGCGCACGGUAGUGUUCUGCGGGGCGAGAUCUUUCAGUUGAGGUAAAUUUUGCUCGAUUUGGCUCUGGAUUGAUGCAUAUUUUAUAGGUUGAGAAUGAGAGCGCCGAUUUUUCUGCAUUUGUUGGUCUUCGAUGCUCUGCGGAGGUAGGCAUUGCGUUGCCCUUGAGAUUUAUCGGAUUUAGCGGUCUCAAAAGGUUUAUUGUCGGCUUGUUCAUCACAUGGAUCGGGUUCGCCAUCAAUUAACGUGAUGCAACAUUUAAAUGAAGAUAAAUAGAGAAGCGAACGAUGCAGAGUGAUGCUCGAAGAGUGAUAUUUGAGUAGUUAAUGCUUUUUCAGGGUUUAUUAUUGCUCUUUUUUUAAUCAGUAUGGAUCGGAUGUGCCAUUAUCUGUCGAGGUGCAAUCGGAAUGGAACAUUUAAUUGGAGUGGAUUAAACAAGCGAGAGAUGCAAUGCGGAGUGACAGUAAAAACUGUUUGACGCUGUAAUAAGUCCCCGAAUAUUAUAUCAUAGUGACAUUCAAGUGUUUAAAGAUUGUACCUUGGAGAUGCAGACUGUUUGACGUUUCAGAGAAUGGGAAGAGAGCAAGUGUGAGGAGGAGAGUAGAGAAAAGAUAUGUCCUUUUCGGGGCCGGAGCUUGGUAGGGGAGUAGCAGCGAGAAGGUCUUCUACUUCUGCUGCUACUCAGGAUGGUUUUCAUGGAGCGAUCAUGGGGAGAGCAAGUCUUUUGAAAGAGAAAACCAGUGGGGAAAGAGAACAUGUUGUUAAGCGGAGUCCUGGUCCAUCCAGACUGCAGGCUGUUGCUUCUCAGAGGCAGAGGCCCUUGCAGAGGAAGCCUCCUGAACCGCUACGGCGAGCUGUGGCAGAUUGUUUGUCCUCAUCUCACCAUGGAAUGUCACCAGCGCUACAUUCCGAAGCGGUGCGGGCGCUUCAGGAUUACUUGGCGGACACAAAAACCAUUGACGUUGCUUAUACAGUACUUAUAGAGCAUGCACUUGCAGAGAGGGAUCGAAGCCCUCCAGUUGUUGCAAAGUGUGUAGCACUUCUCAAACGAUAUCUUUUUAGAUAUAUACCUAGAAUACAGACUCUACAACAGAUUGAUUUUUUUUGUGUGAAUCUAAUUGCCGAGUGCAAUGCUGUCACCAACAAGAAGUCAUCUUCAUGGGUACAGUCUGCAAACAGCGAGCAUGCAGCAUCAAAUAUAUCUGGAAAUUCAUCUUCUACCAGCUCAACAUCGGUAGCUUUUGCCUCUGAAGCUCUUGUAAAGUCCUUGAAUUAUGUUCGUGCUCUGGUUUCAAAGCACAUUCCAAAACAUUCUUUUCAGUCACCACUAUUUGCUGCAAACUCCCAUACUUCUUCAAAACGAUAUUCUCCAACACUGUCAUCUUUGAGAAGUAGAUCGUUUGGUUCCCAACUAAGUCCAGGUGGCAUUGCAGGCAGGGGUUCGCCUGAGAUUGAAGAGGCUGCAAAGUCAGCUAUAAUGAACAUUGUAGGUUUGGAAACAAUUGAUGAGGAGGAUCUUAAUUAUAUCGCACUUGAUGUAUUCAAAUCACAGUGGAUCAGGGGCAAGCAUCAGCAAAGUUGGACCCCAUCUCCUGUUAUGACAGACAGUGGGGGUAUAGCACGCCCACAAAUAGACAGCAAAUAUGAUAUACUGGAACGUGGAGCUGCAGCAUUGCUAAUGAAGGGUCAACUAGGGAAAACAACAGACAGGAGAACAAGUCCUGGCUUCCUUACCGAGCAACUCUUGCAACCUUCUACAUUGACAACUGUUACUGACACAGCAUCUGCCCGGUCACAUCUGAGAUCUAUAGCAGCUUCUAAACGCAUCAAAACAGGCACACAUCAAAUCUGGGAGGAUGUGCCUGUGAACACUUGGCGUCGCCGGCCACGCCCACUUUUUCAUUACAGACAUUACAGUGAACAGCAACCUUUGAGAUUGAGUGCUGUUGAAGUUGAGGAGGUUAUAGCAGCUGUUUGUUUGGAGGGAUCUAUAACAAGUAACAAUACAGUGAGCUCUAUGCCUUCAUUGCCAAGUAAUCAAGCUGGAAGGGUGACUGUGGAGACAGCUGAUGUUGCAGCUAGUGUCCUCAUCAAACUUGUUAUUGACAUGUACAUGGCAGACUCUCGGACUGCUGCUCCACUUCUGCUUUCUAUGCUAGAGGGUAUGCUAAGUUCCCUCCAAUCGACUGUCAGAACCCGAGCUUUCGAUUUAGUUUUGAAUCUUGGUAUUCAUGCACAAUUAUUGAAGCCUAUGCGUGGGGAAGAACAACCUACCGUUGUGGAAGUACCAUCUUCUCAGUCUACUCGUUUUUUUGAUGGAAAUCAAUUUUUUGGGACAGCAAAGGAGAACUCAAAGAGCUACAAUCUAGAAGGCGGAACUCCUCAGGCGGUCAGGGAGUUUGAAAUCUGGCUCUUGAACAUACUCUGUGAGAUACUACUUUUCCUUGUACAGAUAGAAGAGAAAGAAGAAGGUGUCUGGGCAUCUGCUUUGAGUUGCUUAAUGUAUAUGAUUUGUGAUCGAGGAAGAAUUCAAAGGCGCCGGCUGAAUGGACUUGAUGUGAGGGUGUUAAAGGCUCUCUUGGAGAUUAGUAGGGAGAAUUCCUGGGCAGAAGAGCUUCACUGCGGACUUAUCCGUUUGUUAUCAAAUUUGCUCUACAAUAUUUGUGAUGGAGAAGAGAAGCCUAGUCCAGGUGCUAUUGGUUUGGACAUUCAACAGAUAGAACUUAUUGGGGGAAUUGAAUUUAUUUGUGAAGAGUAUGCAAGAGCAAAUGCUGUGGAAGCAAAAAACAACCUAUUUGGUGUCCUUUUUGGCUAUGUUUUGCAUCAGCCCAAGAGCAAGUGGUUAACUACUGGAAAGUCUAUGCCUGUUGAUGAUGAGAUUCAAGCUAUUGCAACAGUCCUUGCGCUUGCAGAUGCACCAGAGGCCUUUGCUGUGGCACUUAAACUGGGAUUGCACGGUGUUGGGGAGGAGUUGAAAAAGUCAAUUGUUAAAUCUAUGUCACGUGAUGUCACUAGUGGCCAUCUUAAUACCGAGUUGUUGGAGGAUAUAGUGGAAUCACUGGAUUCCGUUGUAUCAUAUUAUGCCCAUUUAGAUGAUGAGUUUUCUGAGAUGCUCCAGAUUACAAUGGUGAAUGAGUCUCUUAUCCACAUUCAGGAGGGUCCUAAAGAACAGAAUACAAUAGAGGAUUCAGUUAGUGUUUCUCGGGCUUGGACCACACUGGAUUAUCUUUUGCAUUCUUCAAGAGCUAUUUAUCGUCAAAAUGGUUACUUUUGGCUUGUUGAACUUCUAUUUGCAGAAAUAGUUAGAGAGAGCAAUAGGAUGAAAGUUCAAAAUUUGCAACAGCAAUUUGGACUUUUUGGAGUCUCUGAGAGAUCUGAUUCAGAUCAUUUUGAGGAGCAAAGCUUAUCUCAUGUCUCUUCAUCUCUUCGAUUACUAUCUGGACUUUUGAAGUCAAAGUAUAACUACAUAAGAUGGGGAUUUAUUUUAAUUUUAGAAAGGCUUCUUCUUCGAUGUCAGUUGUCAGUGUUGGAUGAAAACAGAGCUCAUGGUGAAGCAGAUGGGAGGGAAUAUAGGCAGGUUGGUACUAAUGGUUUAUAUGCAGAAGACAAAGCAAAUGCAGUUAUUGGUUUGAUGAAUGCAGCAUUGUCACAAAUAUUUCUUGCAAAUGAGACUGACAGAAUCAUGAUUUUGAAGAUGUGUGAUCUGCUUUUUUCACAACUCUGUUUGAGAAUAUAUCCAUCAAUGGUGCCGUCUAUUCAGAAUAAUGCAUAUAUUAGAGAUAACACCACAUUUGGUAGUCUCACCAAUAGCAGUGACGUGUAUGAUAAGUCUGAUAACCUCUUGUUCAGGACAGACCAAGGGGAAAGGAAUUUUGGAGAUGGUAGACAUUUAAACAGAUCUGGAUCUGGUUUUUUGCAGUAUGGUUACAAAUCAACAUCAAUGGCAGCACUGUUGUUGAGAGGCUAUGCUGCAGCUCCCAGGCAACUGGUAGCUUGCAUUCCUACAGCUCUUUUGUAUUGGCCACUUAUUCAAUUGGCUGGGGCUGCCACAGAUGAUAUUGCUCUAGGCAUUGCUGUUGGUAGCAAGGGAAGAGGAAAUAUUCCUGGUGGUGCUUCUGACAUAAGGGGAGCACUUUUAUUGCUACUAAUUGGUAAAUGUACUACAGAUCAAACUGCAUUUCAAGAAGUGGGAGGUGAAGAGUUUUUCAGGUCUUUAUUAGAUGAUACGGAUGCAAGGGUUGCAUAUUACACUUCUGCAUUUCUCUUGAAGAGAAUGAUGACUGAAGAGCCUGAAAAGUAUCAGUCUAAGCUUCAUGAUAUUGUCUUUAAAGCUCAACAGAGCAACAAUGAGAAAUUAUUAGAGAAUCCAUAUCUUCAGAUGCGCGGUAUACUUCAAUUAUCAAGUGAUUUAGGCAGCCAACUGUCAUUUUAGGAAAGUUAAACUGUUUCCAAUCAGGCAUCCUGGCCCUUUUUAGUCACGAGGGAAACUAAAUUAGUUUGAGCUGGUAUCUUUUAUGAUUAUACAAUAGAAUCUACCAGUUGACUAUAGAGCUUGCCAAAUUGGUGAAGAGCAUUCCAGCAGAAAAUAACCAUUUACAGGGCCAAAUAACAAUAAAGUUGCACAUAUCAAGGCACAGAAUUAUUGUGUUUGAAGAUUAACACUUAAAGGAAAAGCAAUUGGAUCGGUUUGAGUUAAUUUAUUGAUCUAUCUUUGAAACAUCAUUGAAGCUAUACAAGAAGUUGCACAGUUUCAUUCUGCAGGUGUGUUCUCAGUGGCUUGGCACCACAGUAUGUUGGAAUAACAUGUUUGUGAUUUGUACACAAUUCCAGUAGAGGCAGAAUGGACGAGAAUCUAGUGAACAGAUUAUUGAGGGAAAUCGACCUUUGAUUGUAACUGGCAGAAUAAAGUUCCACAUAAUAAAGGAAGUGAUUGUCAUGGUUUGAUACCAUCUCUUUGUGGUAGAUAGCUCUGCAAUGCAAUUUUCCAGCUUAAAUAAGUUCAAAUGGCUGGUUGGUUCAAUGACAUAAGUAGGUUGUGAUAAUAGUUAAUUGUGUUUAUACAAAUUUUCUAAUGCAGUAUGAGUCAAAGUGUACCAGUUCAGUGUUCCCGAUGCCAUCAUUUAUCAUACUGGAGAGUUGUACAAAUAUCUAUUUGCGGUGGGUCUCAUUUUUGCAAUAUUGUACAGUUGAUUUAUUUCACCAUUUUUUAAAGAAAAACAAUAAUCCUGCUCGAGUUGCUCCUGCAAUAUCUUAUGCCUAUGUAAUAAGGCUCAGGAGCACAGGCAUAUGAUUUUGGCAUCUUAUCUCUGUAAUUUUAUUUCUUGCCUAUUUUUUUAGUGUGGACAUUCUCUUAUAUUGAUUUCAUUCUGUAUGUAUGAUGCACAGAUGACAAGCAAAGGUUUUUGAAUUCAUUUUAUGAAGGUUUGUUACAUUAUUUUAUGUUA